GGGGGCGUGUAAACUGGCGCGGGAGCGCGCAGGAGGGAGGUUCAGCCGGCGGACAGUAUUUGAGACCCAAUGGCCGGGACAGCGCAGCCAGCAGCGCCGGGGGUCCGAGACCAGGACAGCAGAGAGUCCUCAUCUGCGCGGCUGAGCGAGAGAUGGGGAACUGACCACAGAGCAGAGAAGGGUGGGAUGGGCCAGGGCAAUAAAAUUAACGCGACGAAAAAUUUAAUUUCAAGUAUGCCUCAGAUAAAAGCACUUAAAUAAAGCGACCGAAAAGACUGGGUUGUUGUACCGGGAAGGGAGUUAAAAAGGUAGCCGUUUGUAAGAGAAGAGGAGCGACUAUUGGACGAGAGGCUGAAACACCUGUUUCUUCUGGCGGAGUCUGACCCAUCCUGGGCGCUUAAGCGAAACCUGCCGAUUUUACUUACAAAAUAACAACCAAGUGACAGAACAAAGUUUUCCUGCCAGGGUGUGACUUAUAUUUAUUUGAAGGGCAGCUUGACCAUAAUGCGUUAUUUAUUUAUACGGGUUUAGCGCUUUUCAGACUCAGAGCUGGCGGAAAGGGCAGAGCGGCUACUCAGAAAUAAAAUGUCUUUCAAGUUUCGGGAAUGUCUUCAUCGCAGAAUAAAUCAUCAACCAGGUGACAGAGAAGGGUGACGGCAAGGUGCAGAGCUGAUGUGGACGAGGCGCUGCCUGUAACUCGGAGUGGCCGUUGGCGGAUCCUCCGAUUCAAAUGGCAGCGGGAGCUCGAGAGGGAGCUCGUGCGGUGGGCUAAGACGCUCCGCGACUGGGACCCCGCGCCGCCAGCCCCGUCACCGGAGCUCGCGCCAAUGCCGCUGACGGUUGGUCCCGGACUGGUCCGGCUCGGCCUGCUCUCGCUCUGCGGCUGGCUGCUGGCCCAGGGCUGCGGGCCGGGCCCCGGUCACGGCCGGCGCCCGAAGAUGCGCAAGCUGACCCCCAUCCCCUACAAGCAUUCGGUCCCCAACUUCUCCGAGAACAACCUGGGCGCCAGCGGGCGAGCCGAGGGCAAGAUAACGCGCAGCUCGGAGCGCUUCAAGGACCUGGUCGCCAACUACAACCCCGACAUCAUCUUCAAGGACGAGGAGAACACGUCCGCCGACCGGCUCAUGACCAAGCGCUGCAAGGACUGUGUGAACGCCUUGGCCAUCGCAGUGAUGAACCAGUGGCCUGGGGUGAGGCUGCGUGUCACAGAGGGCUGGGACGAGGACGGCCACCACCCGCCCAACUCACUCCACUACGAGGGCCGAGCCGUAGACAUCACCACCUCUGACCGGGACCCACGCAAGUAUGGCACGCUGGCUCAGCUGGCGGUGGAGGCCGGCUUCGACUGGGUCUACUAUGAGUCCAAGUCACACGUCCACUGCUCCGUCAAGUCAGACCACUCUGUAACUGUGGAAAAGGGGGGCUGCUUUCCUGGCUCAGCGCAGGUCAGCCUGGCUGGGGGUGGACAGGUGUCUCUGUCAACCGUAUCCUCAGGGAUGCAUGUCCUGGCUGUUGACAAGGCAGGCCUAUUGGUUCCUAGCCGGGUCCUGUUGUUUCUGGACCGGGAUGCAGGUAGGAAAGCCUGCUUCAUCGUCUUGGAGACCAAGGAAGAAACCCGACUCCGACUCACCCCUUCCCACCUGCUCUUCCUGUCCUCCAAGCGGACUCUGGACCUGAGUCUGUACCAGGCCUCAUUCGCCAGUGAGGCCAUGCCAGGAAAGUUCGUGCUGGUGAAGAGUGAGGGUGGAGAGCUACACCCUUCCCAGAUUCUCUCUGUCUCCCUGGAGGAAGAUGUUGGGGUGUAUGCUCCACUGACAGAACAUGGCACCCUAUUUGUUGAUGGGGUGCUGGUGUCCUGUUAUGCAGAGCUGAAUGACCACAGCCUGGCGCACUGGGUGUUUGCACCCCUACGAGUCCUUCUGGCCUUUGCCCAGGAACUGGGGCUCGUGACAUACCAGAGCAGCCUGAGGGCACACUGGAGCAGGGCCAGCCCCAGGGAAUACGCAGCUCGGGGCCCUCUGCUCUCCCUCAGCCGGGGACUGGGUUUCGGGAUUUACCAGCUCACAGAUGACAUAAAGGCACACAGGAGCUGGAAUCAAACCUGCUCAAACCAGACUCUUCAGAAUAGCAGGGCACAGCCGAGUCUGCUGCUUGCAGACCAAGAUCCGGGGGUCCACUGGUAUGCCAGGCUGCUCCACGUCCUGGGGCGCAUGCUGCUGGACCCCAAGAAGUUUCACUCCUAAACACCUCAAUAUGACAAGCUGGACAGCAACACUGGAACUGCUUGCGUUAAACUGUCUGAGCAGAGUCUGGCAAUUUGCCCUUGUCCACAGACUCACCUGCGCAAGACUGUCCAGUUCAGCUGAGGUCCUGAUGCCAGGGUUUGCAAAACGAUUUCCAUUUCUCACAGUAAAGUGCGUGGCUGGAAAAGCCAGAGGCUGUUUUACGUUAAGAAGGAGUACAAAUACUGCCAGCCAGGUAUUACCUUUGUUGUCUUAAAGAAGAUAUUGGAAUUUGGGCUAGUACCAACCAAAAGCUUUAUUUUUAUACUUUCUGAAUGAUAAUAUAUACAGUAUGUCAUAUUAUUGUAAUUCUUCAACUUUAAUGAUGGUCUCACAUUAUUUGUAAUACCAAGUGUUUAAAAAAGUGUCAAUUAAAAUAAUUAUAAUUAU